UGCUACCUCUGGCCGGGACACGGGGCGGCCGCGAGAGCAAUGUACUCGCCGAAGCGGUGGGCUUAUAUAGGGGUAGGCCGCUUCUGGAACCUCAGAAUUUACUCCGAGACGGACGACCAAAGAUGGUUCGGUUGGGGUUUAUCGAGGUGGCACUGCUGGCGACCGCGUGUGGCCUGGCGUGGGGUCAGAGGGAUCCCGGGGACCAAGUCAUCGCGGAGGGCUUCGCCGCCCCGCCCGCUCCAGCACCGACUUGCUCGUCUGGGUUCUCCGCGAGGAAAGCCACGAGGGGCACGUCCACUGUAAGGGGAGGUUCCAGGACCCGCCUCAUGUUUCAGGAGGUGUUGACCAGUGAGGGAGGCUGGUCGCCCUCCGAGAGCGACUUCCUGGCUCCCUGCAGGGGCCUCUACUACUUCUCCUUCCACGGCGUGGCUCAAGACGGAGGCGACUUCACGUUGGCCCUGAUGAAGAACAACCAGUACCAGGUGACAGCAUAUGGCGGGAAAGGCAGCUUUCAGCAGGGUUCCAAUUCGGCCCUUCUCCUGCUGAACCAGGGCGACCUGGUCCACCUCGAGCUGCAGCAGGGAAGCCUCUACGAGCAUCCAUUUGACGAGGCCUACACCUCUUUCAGCGGAUUCCUCGUCAAGGCAUAUAAUGAAUAAGAAAGUUCUUCAGGCAUUUUUAAAAAGGAAGCCACUUAUCCGAAGACGGAGAAAAGCAUUCACCGGCUUAACUAUAAAGUCGGAUUUCGGAAAUCAUAUUUCAUCAAUGCAUAAGAUUAUAUAAAUGAAAAGUGGCCAACGGAGACAUGGGUAGUCUUGAGUCCUUCCUUAUCGAG